AUGAAGAUACUGUGUAAACAGGUGCAUCAUGAAAACAGGAUAGUCUAAAAAACUUCUUCAUAAAAGAAGGAAUCACAAGGAUUACAAUAAUGAGAAGGUUAUUAAACAAGUUUCUGGUAGCUGUGGUGCUGUGGGCAGGUACCAGGUCCUGCUGAAAGUGAACCUGGAUCUCCAUAAAGCCUCUCAGCAAAUGAAGCCUGAAGGUCUCUAAAUGCUGGACUUCAGCACCUUGGAUUCUGGGCCUUUCUGGUCUCUCUCCAGACUCUCAACAAUGACACCGUUGUUGUUACUCAUGGGUGUUUUUGUUUGCUCAGGCUCCGUCUAAAGAUGCAGUGAGAGACGUUUGUGUUCAGAGCCACAGAGGUCCGAGUCGACGGCUGACCGAGACCACAGCAGCUACACUCAGCAUCCCUGCUGCUCAGGCUGCCCAGGUAAAACACACACACUCACACACCAUGGAUGGUGCUGUGAGAUACAGCUGAUAGUUUCCAGAAGUUGCUCAAAAAACACCAAAAAUAUGUGACCAAUAUUUAGUUCUGUUACUGUGAAGCGCACUGAGCCAAAGCACACAUAAAAACACACAGAAAAAGUCUUUGUGUUGUUCUUUCAGCUGGUCGAGUCCCUCCAUGUUCUGUCUCAUCACAUCCUCUUCUACAACCUGAGCUCUCCAGAGCAGAUCCUCGCUCACAACCAAACAGGUAAAAAGGUGAGUCUCUGAGAAGGAAAGAUGGAAGAGGUUCGGCACUCAGAGAGAGACUGUGUGAGCUAACAGUUCAACAGUUUCAGGAUAAAGUUCCUGAGUGGAUUUCAUCAUCUACAGUUCAUCAUAUCAUUCAAAGACUCAGAGGAUCUGGAGAAAUCUCUGUUCUAAAGGGGGACAAGGACCAAAACCAGGACUGGAUGGUGCUGCAAAUCAUACAAAUCAUCAAAAUCAGUUUUUAUCGACAUUAUACGUCUAUCAGCGUCCAAACAGUCCUCUUCUCAUUUGUCAGCUGAAUAUAAUGUCGCUUCAGGUUGUCAUGAUAUUUAAUGUUUGUAUCUGCUGUUUUUUUUCAGUGCUACAUGGAGAACAGAAGCUGUCAGUGACCAAAGUGAGUCUGACUCAGAUACAGAGUUUUAUCGUUGUUUUAGGGUUGCAAAGGGGCGCAAGAUUUCCACAAACUUUCCACGGGAAUUAAAGGUGGGGUGGACAGGAUUCUGUUAAAGAAGCAUCUUUUUUUUUGGUGUAUUUACAAAAAAUCUUCUAAUAUCAGUCAAUAGUUAUUAGUUAUUGAUGACAUUUGGUAAUAUAACGAUAUCUCUGUGUUCUCUUAUGUCUGUGUCGUCAACAUUUGAACAUUUCUGAGCGGUCCGCUCUUUCUGACUGUAAACAAAGCCGUUCUCCACCUCCUCCAACCUGCUCUAAUCUGUGUGUGUGUGUGUGUGUGUGUGUUUUCAGUCUCUCUUCCUCAGCUGAAGGAGUUGGACUGGAGAGUCGACAUGGUUACCGGGUCAGACUCAGUCAGUCGGAUGUCGGUCCCGACUUGCCUGGUUCAGCUCAAGGUGAGCUCCGACCUGAACCUGAAUGAUAAAGAAUCUGGGAUCCAGUUUGGGACCUGAUCUCUAGUCUCUGUUUAUGUAGGCUGAGUCGUAUCAGCCAAUCAGGUGUCAGCAGGUUUUGGUGUUGGCAGGAUAGUCAGUCAGUAUGGAGAGCAAAAACAGGCAGAACACAGUCCACUGUAAUGGCAUCACAGGUUAUAAUCUGGUUUGUGUUUCAGAUUGAGGAUCCUUCAGUGAGCGGUGAUUCGGUCUCCACAGUGACGGUGGAGCUGAGCCGAGAGUCUCUGGACACCAUACUGGACGGACUGGGACGUAUCAGAGACCAGCUGUCAGUGGUUGCUGGGAAAUGA